GCAGUGUGGGAUAGAGAAAGCUCUACGACUUUAUGACUCUCCAGCUAAUCACCUCAAGAGCUUUGACAAACUCACUUCAGUUCUGUGUAAAAUCAGAACUCCUAAAACGCCCAGGCGGGCUGUGCUCGGCCCCCCUCCCUCUGCUUCGUGCACUCUUUCUCACAUGCACUGCUCAGAGGCAGGAAAUGCUUCCCAGGCAAUCUGGGCCUGCUUGUGGAGGCCCCUUUCGCAAAACAUCAGUCUGAAUUUAGUGGACAGAAGUCACUAGGAACGCCUUGACAGACUCCUGCUUUAACUGCGGCUCCCUCCAGCUGCAGAGGGUGUUUUUGUUAGAAUCACACACUGCGUAAAACUGCUUAGAAUAGAGCCAUGAUCUCAACCACGAAAACGUGAACUUAUAUUUUGGAGGAACUAACGGGGACGGACUUCUUGGCUAGCCUGAGCGUUGAACAAUGUCAUGCCUGGGCGUUUCAGCUCCUCGCUGUCUAGAUCGAAUUUCCUGAUGUUAUUACACUUCAAAGAUACGCCAUUCAACACUUUUGGUGUCACCGUACUGCACAUCAUUGGAAUGAGGAAUAAAUUCAGUAAAGCAGUAGCUUAUACAACUGACUGCAUGAUUAGCAGGGAGCCUAGCAAAAAAGAAUGCAUCAGUUUAUAUUUUUCUUAAGGAUAUUAUAAUUUAAAAGGCCGAUUUUCCUGACCCCAUUUAAACCUGCCCACAGCAUCCACCUCGCUACAAAGACCUUAGGUGGCAAAAUGAUAAAAUUCGCUCUCUUCUUCGGUCCGCGCAUAUGACGUAAUGUCUCCUCAAGUUCCAUCUCCUUCAGUGUCACAUGGAACAUAUCUCUCAGUCUGUUGUCAAACUACGAUGACAUGUCUGUAGCUAUCAGAAAGAGAAGCUGGGAAGAACAUGUGACCCAAUGGAUGGGGCAGCCUUUUAAUUCUGAUGAUUGUAACCCAGCAUGCCAUCAUGGACUAGUAGCUGACAGCUCCCAGGCAAGUAUGGAAAAAGAUGCAACUUUAAAUGUGGAUCGCAAAGAGAAGUGUGUUUCACUGCCAGACUGCUGCCAUGGCUCAGAGCUGAGAGACUUUCCUGGGAGGCCAAUGGGUCACAUUUCAAAGGAGGUGGAUGAAAAUGACAGCCCCGAAGGUGAAGAUCAGUUUCUUUCUCUGGAGGCCAGCACGGAAACACUAGUGCACGUGUCUGAUGAGGAUACCGAUCCCGAUCCCUAUGUUACAGAUGAUAAACAAAUUUUAACUACGCAAGGACAUAAGAUAUCAGACCAACAUACUAUCAGAGGAGCAGGCUCCUUAGUAAAGACACUGCCCGUCAUGGAAGGUAACCAAAGUAACUCCUGGGGAAUGGCUGGCGGAGCUGACUUGGCACUGGUAGAAGAAAAGAGGGGGAAAAAACCUGUUGACACUACAAGUAAAAGCCUGGAGCUUUGUAAUGAUAUAAGCUUAAGUGAAGUAAAAGAUGCAUCCCAAACAAAUGCAUGUGACUCUUCACAUGUGAAAGAUAUUGUGCCUGAGAAGCAAUUGCUUAAUUCGGCUGUAAUUGCUCAGCAACGAAGAAAACUUGACUUCCCUAAAGAUGAACAUGAAAGAAACACCUGCGGUGUAGUACAGGAUGAGUUCUUGGCUAUUCCUCACAAGGGCAGAGGACUGCCAUUAUUAAAAGCAGAUUCUGGAAGCUGCCUUCUGCAACCUCCUUCCUGCCCUGAUGGAAUGUCAGCUGAAAAUGGCCUAGAGAAGAGUGGUUUCUUAGAACAUCAGAACAAAUGUCUUCCAAAGGUCAACUCAGAAGAUGGCAUGCAGUGUUUACACUUAAAGGAGACUCUGGCCACCCAGGAACCCACAGAUAAUCCGGUCAGACUUCGCAAAAGAAAGGAAAUAAGAGAAGAUCGAGAUAGGGCGCGGCUAGACUCCAUGGUGCUGCUAAUUAUGAAACUGGACCAACUUGAUCAGGACAUUGAGAAUGCCCUCAGCACCAGCUCCUCUCCGUCCGGCACGCCAACAAACCUGCGGCGGCACGUUCCUGAUCUGGAGUCAGGAUCUGAAAGUGGAGUGGACGCCAUUUCAAUGAAUCAGGCGCCGACAAAUUUGUCUUCUAACACCGAAUCCAGUGACCUACCAUCUUCCACCCCAGUGGCCAGUUUUGGAACCAAACCCAAGUCUACGGCUAUUCCAGGUAUUUCAGAGAAGGAAACGGCUGCUCUGCUAGACAGAAGAAUGGCAGUGAAGGCAGAGGACCUACUCAAUCUUCUGAGGGUUAAUUGAGCUCUUAAAUAGGAUUAAGCUUCAUUCCCACCCUGAGGCCUGUCAUUUUUUUUUUUCUGUCUUGUUAAAUGAAUGUAGCCUAUUGUUCCAUAUUAAGAAAGUCUAUUUUUAAUCUGUGUGACCUCUCAUCCAAGCCAACUGGAACCAAUCCCACCAGGCCUUGUGAAGCUCUUAAAAAAAAAAAUCAUUUUGGGUACAUUCCAUUAAUAAUUCUUGAGAUACAGUUGUGUGGUUGUUUCUGUGUGUGCUUUAAGUAGACAUCUUCUAUUCUGAUCCAUGUUGCUAUGUAAAUACAGCCUGGUGGAAUUAAUCUUGCUGCUCAUCUUCCACCUUGUGAUGACAAAAAUCUCCAAGGGGAGACACUUUUGAAAGAACCUGCUGUUGGUUCAUUCAUUCCAGAAAUACAUAUCGAGCAGCAACAUAUACUAGGUGUCUUUUUAGGUUCUAUCAAGGAAGCAGUUUAUGAAUAAGGCAUGUUCCUUUCCCUGAAGGAACUUAGUCUCAAUGUUUUAUUGGGCCAGCAUCUUCCUUUUCCUCUUCUCAAUUGAGAAUUUCUUAAACCACCUUAUUCAGAAAGCUUACCAGGAAAAGAAUCAAAGCAUCAAAAUGUAUGUUCUCAGGAUCUGAAAUGGGGUGCAAUUAAUUUAUUUUAAAAAAUCAUAAUUAAUCACAUAAGUAUUUGUGUGUAAUUGUAUCCAACACAUAAUAUUUUCAUAUAACUCCCUUAUACCACCAGCAUCUGUAUGCCCCUAAAGAGUGGGCCCAAUGCCAUUGGUAUACUCUCUAGCACAUCUGCUUCCUAUCUGUGUGGCCUUGAGCAAGUUACUUAACCUCCUCAUUUUCCCAUUUCUAAAGUAUAAAUAAAGAAGCUGCCAUGUUGUUGUUGUAAGGCAACAAUGCUUGGCACAAAAUAGGCCCUGAAAAAAUGGUAGCUGUUUUUUAUGAUAAUUAGUUGUGCUUAUAACUACCAUGUGUACAAGCCAAAUAGAAGCUAGCUGUGUUACUACUGCCCAUGUCUGAUCCAAGAGCUCUUAAAUGCUUCCUCAGGGCACCAAUUAACAGUUAAGCAGCCAUCCAUGUGGAAAAAAGAGAUCACUUUCUCUGUAAGCCUUUGAGUGAGUUACUUCAGACAGAAGUUAUCACAGCACACACAGAGUUGGUCAUAUUUUAACCUCUCGUUAGAAAUUCCUGUCUCUGUUAGGGUGAAGUUCUCUCUUGUGAACAGAUAAUCUUCAACUUUCACAGUUUGUCCAUGAGAAAUGUAUACCCUGCAUCCUAUUUUCCUAGGACUAUAUUAUCCACUACAUCCCUAGCCCCUGGGGUAAUUGGAUAGUGUCUUCCCAAUUCCCACCCUUCCUCCCUCACCCCCUACACACAGUCCUGUCAACACUGCCUUCUAAUCAACCCUCGUCCCUUCUCCCUGCCAUUGCAUUAAUGCAGUCCUCCACUUCCCAUGGACUUUUGCCACAGCAACCAGAACUGGCUUCCCUGACCCAACCUGUCAUUACACCAGUCUACUCUCUACACUGUCACCAGAGUGAUGUUUGAAAAGCACCACCUGAACGUAUCAAUUUCUGCUUUAACUUUUUCCUCCUCCUGGCUCUCUACAGGGUAAGGUCAAAUCGCCUGCAUCAUACCUGGCCAUUUGUAAUCUGGAAGCAGUCUAAUGUAUUAUGCUAGAUAAUGUCCAUUUUGCCACCCAGAUCUACUACUUCUCGUCAACUCUGUGCCCUGGAGGCUGACCAGUGUGGACAGAAAGAACCAGGGGACUGCCCACCUUUUUGUCUUCCCUAUUCCUUCAAUUCCCUUCCCUGUUCCUUCCCUAUUCUACCAAUAAGAGGAGACUGGGAGGAGAGGAAGGCAGGGUGUGACAUUGGGGCUGUGGAGUUGGGUAGUUAGCCCCCAUCUGUUUCCCAAGGAGUCCCUGCCAGCUUCUCUUAGGUGACUCUUUCCACACAAGCCCCAGGUACUGAAAACCAUUCUCUCCUCUGGCCUUUGUGGCUUCCCUAAAUUUAUAUAUAAUUCUGUUACUAAACUUUCCUCAGUUACCCAAUGUAGCAUCUGUUUCCUGUGAGGAGUCUCACCAAUAUACCUACCAAUAUUUUCUCCCCUUUCUCUUCCCUUGUGUUGGUUUGCUGGUUUGUUCAUCCAACUUCAGCCAUCUCAUACAGCCACAGAGCCCUUUCUAGCUCUGUGUCUUUCUACUUUUGCCUGCAUCAUGCAACCGCCUUUCAGAAAUAUAGAUGAUAGGCAGAGAUAGAAAAGGAGAUAAAUGGCUUAUUCGGAGGGAAAAAGAUAUGGACAUUCAUCCUAAAUGAAUAUAAUUUCAUUUAAUUGCGUGAGAGAUAAAAAUGUCUACACUUAUGAUUUAGAACGUGUCCUCUAUUGCAUAGAUGCCUAUAAAUUAGAGAAUUAGCAUUGCAUUUUAGUCACCCAAGUGUGACUGAGCAUAUUUGAAAAGUAGCGGUAUAAAGUAAUAUGAAAUCUCUCAUUCUAAAGUUAAAUCACAGAACGCCUCGCAAAUUUUGACAGAAUGCAUGGCAGCUCUGAAAAAUAGACCAUUAUUAUAUUAACCAAAAAUGGCAAAGUUUUUGCCCUGAGUGUCUUGAAAAUUCUGCUUGUUUUAUUAGAUCCAACAAUAUUGUCUCCUUAAUGAAUUACUUCCUAAGCAGAGUUAGUCAUUGAUUUUUCCGUGCCCCUAGAAAACUCUGUGUUUGUUACUGCAAUCUUAUUAUCUUGCUUUGUGGUAUGCCCUCAUGUCUAGGCCAUGAGCUUUUCUAGAUAAGGGAUAUUGUCUGUGUGCCCUAUAAUUAAAACAGCUAAUAAGCACAUAAGUGAGUGUUCUGUAAAUACAUGUUAACCAAUAAAUUAUAACUACAAAGAUGCUUUGACUUCAAUCUUAAUGAUUUAAUGUUAAUAUAGUUCUAAAAAUUUAUAUAACUCACUCUCCCCCCUCCCAUUACUCCUACUACCCCCGUAACUGCCAAAUAUUUCAGCUGGGUAAUUAAUUAAUGGUGUUAUUUGUGGACCUAUCUCAUACAAAUAUGUAAAGCGCACCAUUGAGAAAGAUGACUUAGAAUCUGACUUUGUUUGCAUUCCUUGGUCAUUUUUCUUAGAAUGUUUGUACUCCUGCCUUUAGGUUAGUUUGUUGGCCAGAAAAUGUUAAAACCAAGAUAAUGAAUAACUAUAGCCUGAAACACUUGUGAAAGAUAGCUUUCAGAAGCAUAUAACAGAUUCACAGUCUCUCCACAUUUUGUGUUGUGGCUAGUAAGGCAGAACAUAGAAAUCAAAUGCUUCUUUGUGACAAAUGUGUGAGGGGAAAAAUCAGGGUUUUCAUAAUUUCAUUCCAAGUUCCUUGUAAACACACCUAAUAACAAAGCCAAGAUUUGGUGCCUUUUGGUAUUAAUUUUCUUGGCUGCCUUUGAUCACUGAGAAGAGAAAUACAGAUGACAAAAACAAAAACCCAAAAAACCCAAAACUGAAAUGCAAAGAUAUUCCCCCUUUUCCAAUCUGAUUAUCAUUGCUUGAUUCAGGGAAUUAUCCAUGUGAUGUAUUCUGCUCUAAAUCAGGUUUCAAUAUCUACAGGUAUUGGGAUUUAAUGAAAGAACAAAAAUAUGACCGCUCUAUUUCAGUUUUCCUUUGAAACAUUCUGUUCCAUACCAUGUCUCCAUUUUAGUACAGAUCAGACUGGUUUUAGUGCUGUCUCACUAGACCGUAAGCAUCUUGAAAGAUGGAAUUUCGUUUUAUUCAACUUAUACUCCCAGUGUAUGACAUUACAGUAGUUGCUUGAUAUCUGAUAAAUAAAUGAAUAAACAAGAUCUUUUUUUAAAAAAUCAACAAAUGCUUUACUCCAUACAUAUAAUACUCCCAGAGCCAAAUGCAGAAUCUUAUCAUUCUAUUCUAAGUGAAGUGCUUUCUGUGACUGCAAAGACCCCCAGCUGUUUUACAGGGUUCGGCAGGAUCUGAAAAUUGUCUUUAUCUGGCCAGGCUGGGCUUUGGCCAACAUUCCAAACUCUUUAUUCCCUUUCACUCUCCAAAAAUGAAUUUCAUUAUUUUUAUACUAGUAGCUUAUAAAUACUCACUUGCUCCACUUUUCUUAGUAUUAUGGUCUCUGUUUGCUUGCUUUUUUAUGAGGAAGGAAUUUAGGGUAUGCCCACACAUAACCUCUCAGUUUCUCUGAAACCCAAUGUAAACUAAUCCAUGAAAAGUUGGCUGUGGUUGACUGGGCUGUUGAGAGGAAACACAUUAGCUUUCAGGUAUCAAGGAGUUCAUGAAAAAUAUAAGUAAGCUAUUCUUAAAUGCCAAAAAUCUUGAAUUCAUAGGAUAUUUUUCAGUACAGGUAAUUUUCUAAAUCUGUUUCUAAAUGUUCUGUUGGUAUUUCAUUUAUUACCAAGUAGGAAAAGUAAAUCUAGUAUGUCACCAGAACCAAUCAAACAUAUUUCCUUUCCUUCCCAAUGAUAUUUCAAGCAGCACAGGUACGUGAUAAUUUCUCUUUAACGAGUUGCAAUUUGAAUGAUUCCCCCUGUACUUGGAGUGGUCUUCUCAGGUCUCCAUAGCCAAAGGUGGCUGGAUCUUUCUAUGACAUGUAGUGAUACCUGUGAUGUAUUCCUGUUCAUGAAUUAUCUUCCCUAUCAGGCUCUGAGCUCUUGAAGGUAUAAACGUCCUCCAUUUUAUCUUUGUCACCCUGCACCCAGUGUAGGAUCCUUGCACAAGCAGAUACCCAAACAAUAGUUUUGAAUCAUGCGUGCACUACAUUAAUCUUAAGUCUAUCAACCACCAUAACUCUUCACAUUUGACGAGCUUAAAACUUCUUCCUCCAAAAAGCCUUGUGCACAUUCUGUUCCCUGCUUCAUCCCUUGAAAGAAUGGCUAUCAGGACUGGGAAGAGGGAGCGAGGAACUACCAGUCCACGCUAAUGAGGCAGUUUUGCAUUUCAGUAUUUUAAUUGACAUUGACCUUUUAUCACUAGAAAAAUAAACGUGUCCUUCCAAUCUUCCCUGAAGAACAAUUUAUUAAAAGGCCCCUUUCCAUCAGUUUUGUUUUACAGAGCAAUAGAAGAACGUUCACGUAGUUUGAAAAUCUUAUCUGAUCAUUUUUAGAUGCCCUCAAAUAUUUACUUUUGCAGAAUUCACAGUGCACAGUUUGCAGUUCAGUUACUUUUAUUAAUAAUAUGAAUACAUAGACAAAUAUGUACCCGCAAGAUAGUUGUACAUUGAUUCUACUUUCUUAGGGAGGUGCAUGUACUUUGGAAAGGUACACAUAACAAGUAUUACUUUGACCUGAGUGUGAAAUGACCUACCACUCUACUGGUAUGACUGUGCUUUUCUUCUCUCACUGACCCUCCUUUGGUUUGAAGGACUCUGAUUUGUUUUUCUAGAGGCAAAACUUUGAGAUCAAUCUCUCUCCCAGAUGGAUGCAUAAAUAUUUCUAUUGUAGACUAAAAAUCACAUUUUGAGAUGUGGUUUAUCUAAAUGAGAAAUCCAAGGCAGUUAUUAACAACCAUAACAAACUUACUCAUGCCCAAGACGAGGCUGGUGCCCAUUUUGUUGUGGGAAGGCUGUGCCAAACACCAGUCUGGCUAUUUCAGGAGAAUGGAUCAUGAAUUCAAAAAGCUAUUUUCUCCUGAUUACUGUAAUCAGAUAGAAAAGAUUUUAUAGGGCGCCUGAGUGGCUCAGUCAGUUGAGCGUCCAACUUCAUUUCAGGUCAUGAUCUCAUAGUUCAUGAGUUCAAGCCCCACAUUGGACUCUGUGCUGACAGCUCAGAACCUGGAGCCUGUUUG